CACCUUCUAUCUUAGACCACGCCAAUCCAACAUGGCACUCCUCUCGUGGCAAGGGCAUGUGAUUUCCACCUCUUCCUCCAUCCUCAUCCUCUUCCUGUUUCAGUUUCACCUCGCACGGGCCCAACCUUCCAACUCCACGGCACCAGCAGUGCCGGCUGUCAUCGCCUUCGGGGACUCCAUCGUCGAUCCUGGCAACAACAACGUCCUCCUCACCAUCGUCAAGAGCAACUUCCCACCUUACGGCCGGGAUUUCGCUGGGCAUGUGCCCACCGGCAGGUUCUCCAACGGAAAGAUCAGUGCAGACUUCUUAGCUUCUAUGCUUGGAGUCAAGGAGCUGUUGCCGGCUUACCAUGGCACCAACCUUGGACUCAAAGACCUCGCUACCGGUGUAAGCUUUGCUUCAGCUGGAACUGGAUACGAUCCUCUCACGUCAGCAGUGACGUUAGUCACACCCAUGUGGAAGCAACUGGAGUUCUUCAAAGAGUACAAGAGAACGUUGACGGGGAAUCUGGGAGAGAAGAAGUUGACGAGGCUCCUUUCCGGCAGUCUGUUCAUCGUUUGUGCAGGAUCCAACGAUGUGGUUGCGUACUUCAGCAAUCCGAUGCAGCAGCUCAGCCAUGGCAUAAGUUCCUACGCGGAGUUCUUGAUCCAAAGUGCUUCAAGAUUUCUCCAGGAUUUGGUUGGUCUCGGAGCAAGAAAGGUGGGUGUUGUAGGAAUUCCACCAGUUGGAUGCAUGCCAUCACAAAGACUUGUGGGUGGUGGACUCUCCGGGGAUUGUGCAGCGGAUCGGAACCAGUUAGCACAGACUUACAACGCAAAGCUGAACGUGGAGCUACAGAGGCUUAAUUCCAACCUCCAAGGAUCAAAGCUGUUCUACGUUGAUGUCUACUCCAUCUUUCUUGACUUUAUCCAGUGUCCUUGGAAGUAUGGAUUUGAAGUUUCCAAGCUGGGCUGCUGUGGCACUGGAACUGUGGAAGUGGCCGAGCUGUGUAAUGUUCUAAGCACGACCUGUAGAAAUGCUUCGGAGUAUGUCUUCUGGGAUAGCUACCAUCCAACCCAAAGAGCCAACGAGCUCCUCAUCGAAAUGCUGAUUCAAAAAUACGCCAACUUCAUCAAAUGAUGACAUGCAAAACAGUCAGCUGUGAUCUUCGAUUUCAGACAUGUUGUGAUGAAAACCAUUGAGAAUACUCAUCCAUUUUUAUGUUUCUCGAGUAUUGAAUGCAUUUAACGCCGCCGUGCAGGAGAGAUUCCUUACAGGACAUUUCCA